AAUGUUGUGACUGAUAAUGAAGACGAUACUAACAGAGUUGUGGAGAGUGUGGGAGAAGGGGUAUUGGAUAUGAGAGAAGGGGAUCAUGUGAUUCCAAUCUUCAAUGGAGAGUGUGGACACUGCGUGUACUGCAAAUCAGAGAAGACGAACCUGUGCGAGACGUUCCGUGUGAAUCCGCUUAAGAAGGUGAUGAUCAAUGACGGGAAGUCGAGGUUCUCGAGCAGAGACGGCCAACCCAUCUACCACUCCCUUAACACUUCCACUUUCAGCGAGUACACCGUCCUCGACUCCGCCUGCGUUGUUAAGAUCCACCCAGAAUCUCCUCUCAAGAAGAUGACCUUGCUUAGCUGUGGCGUUUCUACAGGGUUGGGAGCAGCAUGGAACACAGCGAACGUGCAAGCAGGUUCAACCAUAGCCAUCUUUGGCUUGGGCAGUGUGGGACUAGCAGUUGCAGAAGGAGCCAGAGCAAGAGGAGCUUCUAAGAUAAUAGGCAUCGACAUUAAUCCAAACAAAUACGUCACAGGUCAAUCCAAGGGAGUCACAGAUUUCAUUAAUCCAAACGAUCUCGACCAACCAGUGCAUGAGAAAAUAUUAGAAAUGACUGGAGGAGUAGACUACAGUUUUGAGUGUGCGGGGAACCUAGACGUUCUGCGGGAGGCCUUUUUAUCUACACAUGAUGGUUGGGGUUUGACGAUAAUUUUGGGAAUUCAUCCUUCGCCAAGGAUGCUUCCUUUCCAUCCAAUGGAGUUCUUUGAUGGUAGGAAGUUGAUCGGAUCAGUUUUUGGAGACUUCAAAGGAAAGACACAACUGCCUGGGUUUGUUGAUGAAUGCAUGCGUGGGGUGGUGAACUUAGAUGGAUUCAUAACUCAUGAGCUUCCCUUCACCAAGAUAAACGAAGCAUUUCAACUGCUCCUCAAUGGAAAAUCUUUGAGAUGCCUCCUGCUGCUUUAAGCUUACUCUUACUAUGCCAUGGCUGUUUCUUGUCUCUACAUCUUCACAUUGUAAUUGUACAACUAUUUCCAUGCUAGUACUAUUUUAUGUAAUGUAUGAUGUAUCAGAUA